CGGGGAACUAAAAUUCAUCAAAAUAUUGAAUUUUAAAAUUACUUUUAUCUCGUUUCAUUAGUUAUAAUAAUACAAUCAUGGUCAGUGGCAACAUAUAUUUCACAGCUAAAUUGGCUGAACUUAUUCAUGAUGUCAAAGUCGGCAAAAUUGUUGGAUCAUACUCAAUUUCGCAGGCAAUGCUCAACUUUCUCCUUAAUAUAAUCAAUGAAAGUAAAUGGACAACAGCUGAUGAGUUGAUGACAAUUGUAAGAGAAUCUGGGAAAAUCGUAGAAAAUGCAUUGCCAACAGAAGCAAUUUUGGCGAAUGUAGCACGUAGACUAUUAAAAAUCAUUCGUGAAGAGUAUGAUGAACUGAAUAUGCCAGAACAAAAUAAACAACAAGAUGAUUCUCAAGCUGCAUCAUUACAGAAAUUGGUCACACAAAAUAGUGAAAAUACACCCUCAAAAUCAGAUUACUCGCAAUUACAUAUUGAUCUGCGUGAAAACCUUAUUAAUCAUCUUCAGGAAAUCGAAAAUGAAUUACAUUUAAGUCACGAUAAUCUUGCUCAGCAAGCAUCUCAACAUGUUCACUCUGCUGAAUUGAUCCUUACUUUAGGAUACUCGAAAAGUGUCGAAAAAUUCCUUAAAUCUGUGCCGAAAGAACGAAAGUUUGAAGUUGUCAUUGCUGAAUGUGCUCCAGCUUGUCGUGGUCAUAUGUUAGCUAAUUCUCUUGCACACUCUAAAAUUGAUUCGACUGUAAUUCCUGAUUCAGCAAUAUAUGCGUACAUGAGUAGAGUCAAUAAGGUCAUUAUAGGAACACACAGCGUACUUGCUAACGGUGGUUUAAGAGCCGCAAGCGGUGCUUUUACGGUCGCAUUGGCAGCAAAACAUUUUUCAGUUCCAGUUAUCGUGUUAGUUCCGAUGUUUAAAAUGUCGCCUGUUUUCCUUUUCAACUAUGAGCAAGAAGCAUUCAAUCUUGUUGGCAGCACACAAAGUGUUUUACCUUACAACACAAAAGUGUCUAGACAAGUUAAGGCUUACAGUCCAGCCUUUGAUUAUGUUCCACCGAGGUUGAUCACUUUGUUCAUAUCAAGCACGAACGGCUUUACACCUGAUUAUGUCUAUCGACUACUGUCUGAAAUGUACCAUCCUGAUGACUACAACAUGAAAUGAAAAUGAAUUUGAUAUGUCAUAUUUCUACACACUUUUUAUUUUACUAAUUAAAAUAAAAUUCGGAUACUUUUUAAACGCUGAAAUGCAGCAUAUAAACU